CUCUGCAGAGGGCUUCUCAAGCCCUGGGUCCCAAAUUCCGGCAAGGCUCCGCCUCCUCAGCCUUAGUUUCCCUUCGGGGAAACUGGAGAAUCUUGAUACCUCUCUGGCAUCCAGCAGGAGCUUAAUAAAUGGCCAAGUCAUUGUUGGCUUUCUAAAUAAGGCUCUGUUAGUGGCUGGGUCUGGCCGCAGUCCGAGUGUCCCCGGGCGGCCCGCGGAGGGCGGACACAGGGCGUCCUAUAAAGCUGCGGGGCGCACCAGGGGUACAACCGCGCAGGAGGAGCAGGAUGGAGAUCCCUGUGCCCGUGCAGCCGUCUUGGCUGCGCCGCGCCUCCGCCCCGUUGCCCGGGCUUUCGGCGCCUGGGCGCCUCUUCGACCAGCGCUUCGGCGAGGGGCUCCUGGAGGCUGAGCUCCCUGCACUCUGCCCCACCACGCUGGCGCCCUACUACCUGCGCGCACCCAGCGUGGCGCUGCCCGCCGCCCAGGUGCCCUCCGACCCCGGGCAUUUCUCGGUGCUGCUGGAUGUGAAGCACUUCUCCCCAGAGGAAAUCACUGUCAAGGUGGUUGGUGAACAUGUGGAGGUGCACGCUCGCCAUGAGGAGCGCCCGGAUGAGCACGGAUACGUGGCUCGAGAGUUCCACCGCCGCUACCGUUUGCCGCCUGGUGUGGACCCUGCCGCCGUGACAUCAGCGUUGUCCCCUGAGGGCGUUCUGUCCAUCCAGGCCGCGCCCGUGCUGGCCCAGGCCCCACUGCCGCAACCACAGGCUGCUGCCAAGUUGGGGUCUGGGCACACCUGAAGCCUGGGGACCGCCGCAGGCCACCUCUUUUAAAGCCGACCUGACUCCGCCCAGCCAGAUGUACCGAGCUCGCCAAGACCACCACCGCUACACCCCAUCUGGGGUCCAGCCCGGACCCUUCCAACCUAGACUCAGCCCUGAUCUCACUCUCACACACCCUCGUUUUCAAAUCCCAACACCUUCCUAGCUUCCAGACCCUACAAACCCAUCCCCACUAACCCAUUUCUUGGCUUGUAAACCCACUCAAAACCUAUUUCCUUCUCAUUAUGAAAAUAAUCACUCUGACACCUGAUUAUGAUAUAGACAGCCCUGUUCCCA